AUGCCACACAACCCAAACCCAUUCUUCGGCGCUAUACAGCGCAGAACCUCGUCACUCCCAGCCAACAACAGCGAAAGCCCGCGACACGAGCGAAGCGCAGAUAUAAAACCGACCCCCGAUCCGCGUCCUACGCCUCCACCAAAAGACGAGCAGCCUGCAGUCGCGGCGCCAUCUCCUGGAUGUUCGAAGCCUAGACUAGUGGAGGUCGAUACAGACGCUCUCGAAGCUGAACACCCGAGGGUUAUCAGAAUGUAUACAAGAAAUGCCACGGACGAGAAGAGACGCGGUGCACCUAGAGAAGUAGAUUUUGAUGAAGAAGCUUUCGAAGCCGGACGUUUGGGGUCCAGAUUGGAGCACGCGAGGUCUGCGCGAUCAAGCAGCGCUGCUGUGAGUGUCGAGAACACACGCACAUCCCAACCCGAACCUGCACCUGCUCGCUCUGACACCCGCGAGCGUCACUAG